AAGACUGAACUGUUUGUUAGAGACGAUUACCGCGAAUUGGUUGAACUAUGCGUUGUGUUCUUAGGAGGAGACACAGUGUAUAAACUAAAACUCAGGCCCCCCGAGCUUUGCAUCAAGCGCGAUGGAUGGCGAGAGCAAUCUAUUCUAUAAAAAUAUGUUUGCUUCAAUCGCAACUUAAAAUUACUGCAAAGGACAAAAAUGCUCUACAAGAUGUUUGUUUAUUUAUCGUCACCUUGUAUACCAAACCUUGGCUCGAAUGUACAAUGGCAGUUAAAGCACCUAACCAAGACUUGUCCUUUUUGAAAGCUCUAAAAGAAUAUGAAAAAGUAGACGCGACAAUUUCCAAGGCAUCCAUAAGCAAGUUUAUUCGUCAUUUAUGGUAUUUGUGUGAAGAAACAGUCAUAUUAUCACUCUUUGAUGAAGAAGUUGAUACCAAAACCAAGACAAAAAUUAUUAAUAAUUUAAACAGAGACGAAAGUUCAGAUUCCUCUAAACGCUAUGUCCCAUCGAAGGAAGAAAUUACGCAAAAUUUGUUUGAUAUGACGCUGGAUGAUUUUGUAACUCAAAGAAGCAAACGAUUUCUAUCUCGACUACAGAUCGACGACAGUUUUCUUCGGGAAGACGUAUCUUCGUGGGGUGACAAUCCUGCUUUUUUGGAAGCUAGAAGACGAUUAAGUCGUUUGAAGGUCGUAAAUGACACUGCUGAAAGAGCUGUUAAAUUAAUGCAAGAUUAUAAUGGUCUUAUCACGGCUGAAGAAGAGCAAAAUCAGUUUUUGUUGCGUUGUGUUCAGGAACAUAGAAAUCUGUAUCCAGACUGUAAAAAAACUACACUAAAGAGAAGUUACCCUAAUUCAUUAUUAUUAUAAUUUGUAUUUAAAUAAAAGUUUGUAUUGAUAUUUUUUUAGUAUUACUCAUAUUUACUUUAUUUGUUGCAUUUUAAUUAGUUUUGGAUCAACCCAAAACGUCAGACCAAAACACCAUUUUUUAUUAAACUUUAGAGCCCGGUCGGCACAGGUUGCAAACAUGCUACAGAUAUGAAA